AUGUCACUACCACCAAUCUCUCAUAGUAUUGAAGUCCACGGCUCCGCGGCACGAACCGAAGAAGGAACGCUGAAGGCCACGCCAAAGGGCUUUGGGACUGUGCUUACACCAGAAGGCGACCCCCCUACAAGGGAGGAACGCUGGGACUGGGUGCAUCUUCCCCUUACUCUGAACACGCGAGCCUCCAACCAUGCCACCAAGAAAAUCAUCCCAGUGGAUUUCACAGUUCGAUUCGCAAAGGGCGCAAAGGCGCAAAUCGAUGGGGUGCAUUUGUACCAGGCCAACGACCUCUUUCACCGACACCUUACUCCCUUCUCUGGAACAAGUAUCCAUGACGACCGCGGUUCCAUCAUACCCGAGGACAAAAGGGUAGAUGUGAACAAUGGAAUGGGGAUCACGUUGAAAGUGACUAUACAGGGUGGCAGUGCCAACGAUCCGGACCGCUGGCUUACAGUCUCCUCAGCAGCUAUGAAGUUUGCCGAGGUUGAUCGCCGUCCGAGCCCUCCGAGCCCAUGA